AUGGCCGCCGCCGAUCGUUUCUCCGGCCUCUCCGACGAUAUGCUCGUCUCCGUCAUCUCCUUCCUAUCCACCAAGGACGCCGCAUGUACCUCCGUGCUCUCCCGGCGAUGGCGCUCGCUCUGGCUGAGCACGGACGCCCUCAACCUGGACUCCAGGUCCUACCGCGGCCUAGGAGCCUCUCAGCUCACGGAUCGGUUCUUCUCCGACGCCGGCGCCGCCCUUCGCGCGGCCGGCCGGUGCCCCGUCAGGAAGCUCUCGCUGUUCGUGGAAGGACCUAGUGACAUGUACUGCGAUGAAGUCAUGAGCGCCACCGUCAUCACCUCCGCCUCCACGUGGGGUUGCUCCGACCUGCUGGUUGCCCUGCUCGCCGCCGAGGAGCUUCGGCGUAUCGAGGAGCUACGCCUUGGUUUUUGCUCCGGCGAGCGGCUAUUACUGUACCUAUAUGAUCUGGACCUUGGCGUGUUACCCGGUAACACCCUCCGGGUUCUGGACCUCGCCUGCACAAGGAUCAAUCUGCCCCGGCCACCGAGCGCCACCGUCCUCCUCCCACGCCUCUCGGUACUCCGCCUUCACAAGUGCUCUUCCCGGAUGAAGGAUCUUGAGGACUUCAUCCGUGAUCUGCCGUGCCUAGGCAGUCUGCAUAUCGACUCCCAUGAUUUUUUAUCUUCCCUCGACACCAGGGACGGUCGUUUCACGCUCCACUGCCCAAGCGUCACCACCGUUAAGCUUGCCGAUCUAGGGUUUGGUACCGAUAAAGUCAUUGAGCUCGACGCGCCAUGUUUGCGAAACUUCAAGUACGAUGGAGGACUCCUAGAUUUCUCCAUGAAAUCGCCCACACCCGAGUUGGCACAGGUUGAGUUGGCUAUAACCCCCAGGCCAUGUAGGUACAAUGAGACAGAGAAGCCAUGGUUCGGUGCUUUCUGGCGAAUCAUACGCAAGUUUCAACACGCCAAGAUCCUUAAAUUGAAGGUGCCAAACAUCUAUGGCAUUGCCGUGACCAAGGACGCGGAGCAUGAGCACUUGGUCAUGCUGCUCAGUCUAGAAAGGCUGGAGCUUGAAGGGCCAUGUGACCAAGGCCGAAGAAAUGACACAGCUACUGCCGUUGCCAAUCUGCUCCAGUGCUGCCCUAUGAUCCAAGAUUUGCAGAUUCGGAUUGUUAACCAAAACCGCUAUGGAGUUGUUACAAAGGAUGUGGUGCCACCGCAUUUUGAUGUGUCACUGGACUUGUUCAAGAGGCGCUACACCAAGGAGAUAAUGGCCAUGAUCGAUGGUGACACCGGUCGUUCCUUAGAUGUUCCAGAGCUCCCGGGCUUGAGCGGUUUUGAAUUCAAUUGCUUGAGGAAUCAUCUGAAAAAUGUCAAGUUGGAGUUUGUGUUCAAGGAGAUGAAUAGCUUUGAGGUUUCCUUUGCCAAGUUCCUCGCCGAAAAUUGUAUGCCUGUUACGGUCCUGCAAAUUGUUGAUGGAAAGAGGAACUUUUUAAGCCAUAUCAAUCGGAUGGUAGAGAGGUGGAGAGCUAAUGCGGUCGAGCAAAGGAAACAAAUAGAACAUGAUUCAGCUGAAUUGUCAAGACAGAGGGGAAAAGGAAACAUCAUUCCAGUGGGUAAGGCAAAGUAA